ACGAGUCUUUCACAAUCAUCUCUCUCUACCCUCGAAUUUUCAAAGUUGCUAAAUUUUUCUCUUCCUCUGUGUUCUCCGGCGAAGUAAAUGACUUUCACGGCGAUGAGGAGGAGUGACCAUGGAACCCUUCAAAACAUGCUUGGAACAGAUCUCAACGAGCUCGCCACAGCUGCUAAGAACCUUGCUAAUCACACUUUCAUGCUCACUGGUUUAGGCUUUGGUACUUCCAUCCUCGAGUGGAUUGCUUCAGUCGCAGCCAUAUACUUGUUAGUCUUGGACCGAACUAACUGGAAGACCAAUAUGCUCACAUCACUAUUGAUUCCUUACAUCUUCUUCAGCCUUCCUUCUGUCAUCUUUAGCCUUUUCAGAGGAGAAGUUGGUAAAUGGAUUGCGAUUGUAGCUGUUGUUCUACAACUCUUCUUCCCUAAACACUUCCGAGAAUGGUUUGAGUUACCGGCUGCUGCGGUCCUACUCAUCGUGGUGGCUCCGAAUCUAAUAGCCUACACAUUCAGAGACAACUGGGUUGGCCUAUUUAUAUGCUUAGGGAUUGGAGGUUACUUGCUUCAAGAACACAUUAGAGCUUCUGGUGGAUUCAAAAACGCAUUCACUAAAGCUAAUGGCAUCUCCAACACCCUUGGGAUCAUUGCUCUCGUCGUCUUCCCCGUUUGGGCUAUCAUCUUUUAAGCAAAAGAUCAUUUCACAAGUCUCUGUUUCUUUGUACCCCCAUUUGUUUUAUGUAAAAGUGAGUUUGUAUGAUUCCGCCCCUCAUAACUAGUCAACCAAUGUUGUUUUAGUUUUACCCUCUUGACCUAUUCACAAGUCAAGACUUUCAAGAAAUAAGAAUGAUCAUGAGCUGUUUGUCUA